UCCUUAUUCGGUGACGAGAAAUAGAAUCCUACUUUCGUCCCCCCAAUCUCACUAUUUUUCUCUUCUACGGGGUAGUGAUUAAUUAAUAUCUCUCUUUAUAUAUUUCCCUUUGAUUUUCUGUUUAUCUCGCGCGCAAACACACACAUAUACACAUUUAUCAUACAUCAAGAAAAACCCUAGAAAUCGGGGAGGAAAGAUGAACGAUACAGAUGUCUCGAAGCAGAUACAGCAGAUGGUCAGAUUCAUUCGGCAGGAGGCCGAAGAGAAAGCUAACGAGAUCUCUGUUUCUGCUGAGGAGGAAUUCAACAUUGAGAAAUUGCAAAUAGUUGAAGCUGAAAAGAAAAAGAUCAGGCAGGAGUAUGAGCGGAAAACAAAGCAGGUGGAAGUUCGUAAGAAAAUUGAGUACUCUAUGCAGCUGAAUGCAUCCCGUAUCAAAGUUCUUCAGGCACAAGAUGAUGUGGUAAAUGCCAUGAAGGAUUCUGCCAGCGAGGAGCUUCUGAAGGUUGCUGAUGAAAAAAAUGCCUAUAAGAAGCUUCUCAAAGGAUUGAUUGUGCAGUGUUUGCUACGGCUGAAGGAGCCUUUAGUGCUGCUGCGUUGCAGAGAGAUAGAUGCUAAGCUCGUUGGGUCUGUUUUGGAGGAUGCCAAAAAAGAAUAUGCUGAGAAAGCGAAAGUGCUUGCCCCUAAAGUUACCAUUGACACUGUAUAUCUCCCACCACCUCCAAGCAGCGCUGAGGCUCACGGUCUCUCUUGCUCGGGAGGGGUAGUUUUGGCUUCACAAGAUGGGAAGAUUGUUUGUGAGAACACUCUGGAUGCUCGAUUGGAUGUUGUUUUCCGGCAAAAAUUACCCGAGAUACGCAAGCGUCUUUAUAAUAAAAUGAGUGCAUGAUCAAUGUGGAAUCUUCCAUUGCGCUUGGGGGCCUGCAUAAGUUUUUUUCUUGGGGAUGUUUUAGGCAUCCUGGACCCAGUUUUUUUUUUUUUUUUUUUUUUU